GCACAGAACAUUCAGCCGAGCAAGUAGAAAUGGUCACUCUGAGGAAGAGAGCUCGAACGUCGGAAACACCUGCAAAUGCCAAAGAAUCCCAGAAUGACAAAAACCCAACCGAUGGCGCUGGAGAUCAAGAAGGGUACGAACAGUGCAGAGAUAAAAGGAUUAAAGAAAACAUGGAGCGAAUGCAGAAGCUUGGGAUCCUCGACCUCUCUCUCAAACUUAAGUCAGGUCUUUCCUCUCCCAAGCGCACUCCCAGAAACACUUCCGAAAGAAAAACCCCUCACCCGUCUCCAUUACUUUCUUCUGCACCGUCGAGACGUUCUUCCAGGUUGCAGAAUGCAUCUCCUGUUAACUACUCAGAACUCCCUGUGCCCAAAAAGAACAAAUCGGGAUCCUUGGACGAUAAGGAGCCAUUCAUGGGAGAAGGGGAGAAGCCAGAGAUUUAUACGGAAGAAGACGAGAAGCUCUUGGGUACGUGUGAAACGCCUUGGACUCUUUUUGUGGAUGGAUAUGGGAAGGAUGGUAAGCGUAUAUAUGAUUCGGUUAAUGGUAAGACAUGCCAUCAAUGCCGGCAGAAAACUCUUGGUCAUCGUACCCAUUGCAUUAAAUGCAAUAUAGUACAGGGGCAGUUCUGUGGAGAUUGCUUGUACAUGAGAUAUGGGGAGAAUAUACUAGAAGCCAAUCAGAAUCCCAAUUGGAUUUGCCCUGUUUGUCGAGGGAUUUGCAACUGUAGCGUAUGCCGACUGCGAAAAGGAUGGGUUCCCACCGGGUAUCUCUAUAGGAAAGUUGAGAGACUGGGCUACAAGUCAGUCGCACAUUAUCUCAUCCAAACCCGCCGCCCUCAAACAAACUUAGAAGAAGAUCCAGGUACAGAACACCCAGUUUCAGCAAAGAGCUCAUUAGCCUGUGAAGACUCGGAAGGACUGUCCCAGCAGAAGCCUCUUGACUAUGAUGAUGGCAAUCAUGAAUGUUCAAAGCCGCAAUUUGAAGAUGAUGAUGGGACUAAAGGGAAGAAAGUGGAAGUACAGAGUAUGCAUACUGAGCAUGAUGUUAGCAAUAGUGCAUCAGAAGGUGACUCAAAGCUUAGAAUGAAUCAUGUCCUAGCUACUGAAGUAUGCCAAGAAAGUAUUGCUGGAAGGCAGCAGAGUAACAAUAAUACCGAUGACUGCAAUAGAUGCACAAUGUCGGAGAUUGGAAACAGCCAAGAUGAUGAGAAGUCCAGAGUGGGGAAAGAGGUAGGGAAUACAGACGAUGUAGAGAUUAUAAGCGAUACUGCAUCUGAGAGUGAUCAGAAGCCACUUGCUUUUGCCAGCAAGUUGAUUCCAGAUAGUAUUGUUCGAAGGUUGAGGCCAAGGCAUAACAGGUCCUAAAGAUGGAUGCUCUCUUUGUAUCAGCAAGGUACUGAUGUUUUAGUAUUGACUCUCAGUUACAUAUUGAAGCAAGCACCCACUUUUAAACAGGUUCCAUAUUUUCGGCAAGGAUGCAUGUGAAUUCUUUUUCUGGUGGGAUUCGAGUCUUUUUGUCAUUUUACAGGUGCAA